AUGAAUGUUCUUAAAGAAGGACCUUGGAUAAUUCGUUCCCAUCCUCUCUUCCUUAGUGUUUGGUCGCCUACUUCAAGACUAGUGAAGGAGGAUGUCAAAAAGAUACAAAUUUGGGUCAAAAUCCAUGAUGUUCCUAUAGCAGCCUAUACGGAGGAUGGGUUGAGUAUGAUUGCUACGGCUAUUGGAGAGCCAAAAUUGUUAGAUUCGUACACCACAACUAUGUGUACGGAUGCUUGGGGAAGGAGUAGCUAUGCUAGAGCUUUGAUAGACGUUUCAGCUGAGAAUGAUUUUAAAGAGGAAAUAGUUAUAGCGGUGCCUGAGCUAGAAGGUGAGGGUUUCAUUAAUGUGAAGAUGGUCGUGGAAUAUGAAUGGAAUCCUUAUAGAUGUGACCAUUGUAAGGUCUUUGGACAUGACGAUGAGUCCUGCCCGAAUCAGCCUAGAAUGUACCCUAAGGAAGUGCCUAAUCAUCAGAAACAAAAUAGUGGGAAACAACCGCGUGGUCCGGUGAAGACUCCAGUUGUGGACAAAGAGGGUUUUAUGGAUGUGGAUCGCAAGAAAGCGGCUAGGAAAGCAGGGUUUCCUGUUAAUAAGCAGAAGCAGAAAUUUGAAUAUCGGCCGAUUGGAACUAAGCCUCAUGGUGGGGUUCCCACCUCGGGUCCGCCACCUACGGUCAAAACGCAUAAUCCUUUUGAUGUUUUAUCGGAUAAGGGUAAGAAUGUGGGUAAAACUGGUGAAGGUCAACAUGAUCAGCAGGACUUGGAUGAUGAAGAGGUUAUUGGAAGCUAUAAUGAAACGAAUGAAUUUAUGACUUCCGGGUUACCGAAAGCAGGGGCAAGCACCUCGUCCACAAGCUUCUCCAAUGGAUAG